AUUGGUUGCACUCGAUGUCUGGAAGUUUGAAGUACCACUUUAUAUAAAAAAAAACAAACCUCGUGUGACGUUAUUACGCAUGGUAACGAAUGUGUGUUACGAAUAUACAGUGAUUUAUUUUUGCAAUUGAGGGCACUGCACCUUGGCAGAAAUGUCAUAGUAGUCUCAUCAUUUUACAACCCACUCCAAUACGUAGCAUUGCGUUGAGUCAACGACAGACUGAUUCAGUGAAACGACGAAAUGCGCCACAAAGAUCUUUUACCAGUAGGCAGAGUCUUUUUGCUUAUCACAACUGCAUAAUUACUUUUUCUGAUUGAUCAUCAAAAUCCCAAACAGGGCAAAACCAACACCACGUAGACAAAACAUCAGGCCUCGCUCUAAUUACGCGAUUUAUACAAGAAUUCGCAAAUACGAUGACAGAAGAGGAAGCAAACUGCUCAGCAAUGGCUUCGAAGAAGAAUGAUUCUACUAAGGGUCUUAUAUUAACCGACAGUUUACGUGGUGCUUUAAGAUUUGUACGAAAAUCACUGGAUAAUACGAUAAGUUCAUCAGUCAACCGAUCGUUUUAUGACAGUGAUGUUGUCGAAACAGAAUACACUCGUAAUUUGGAUGAUAAUAUAGAGAUCUUGAGCCAAGAAGCAGAAAAUCUAGAGGCAAAGUUUAAAAAGACUGAUGAGCGGCUGGUUCAAUAUGGUCCGAUAUUUGAUCCUGAGCGAUUUGUUGAACAACAGAAGGCAGAAACAGAGAUAGAUAAGGAUCUGGGUGUCAGCAUAUCUCCGUGCAACAGAUUUAUCAAACUAGACGAAGAGAUUGGACGUGGAAGUUUUAAAACUGUAUUUAGAGGUUGGGAUACCCAUACAUGUGUCGAUGUAGCAUGGUGCGAGCUAAUGGACAAAAAGGUGAAUAAGGUAGAAAGACAGCGGUUUAAAGAGGAGGCUGAUAUGCUAAAAAACUUACAACAUCCAAAUAUAGUGCGCUUUUAUAACUAUUGGGAGGAGACCGUGGGAAAACGGAAAAAUAUCGUACUGGUUACGGAACUAAUGCUAAGCGGCACGCUUAAAUCUUAUUUGCGUCGUUUUAAGAAAAUAACUCCCAAAGUUCUAAAGUCUUGGUGUCGUCAAAUCCUGAGAGGCCUAAGCUUUCUUCAUUCUCGCGCACCUCCUAUCAUCCAUCGUGACCUAAAAUGUGAUAAUAUUUUUAUUACUGGUACAACUGGAAGCGUAAAAAUUGGAGAUCUUGGCUUGGCAACACUUAAAAACAGAAGUUUUGCUAAAAGUGUUAUUGGAACCCCAGAGUUUAUGGCUCCAGAAAUGUACGAGGAGCACUAUGAUGAAGGUGUUGAUGUAUAUGCCUUCGGAAUGUGUAUGUUGGAAAUGUCUACAAGUGAGUACCCAUAUAGUGAGUGCAGUGGACCAGCCCAGAUAUAUAAGAAGGUUACCUCGGGCAUAAAGCCAGCAAGUUUGGAGAAGGUGGAAAAUCCCGAAGUAAGGGAAAUUAUUGAAAGCUGUAUUCAGGUAAAAAAGGACGCUCGACCGAGUUGUAAAGAUUUACUGAGCAGCGAAUUCUUUGGUCAGGACAUAGGUAUUCGAUUGGAGCCAAUACAGAAAGAUAUUUUUAUUUCAAAUCCUGAUCUUACACGUAUCGACUUUCGUUUGCGGGUUAUAAAUCCGAAAAAACGUCCCGCUAAAUACAAGGUAAAUGAAGCCGUCGAAUUCUUUUACGACUAUACACAGGAUGAUUUCGAUGAACUAGCGGUAGAUAUGGCACGUGGAAAUCAUAUUCUUGAUGAAGAUAUUCGUGAGGUAGCAAAGUUAUUGAAAAUCCAGGUAAAUGCCUUGAUAGCGGAAAGAAAAAAAAUACAACUGAAAGCAGAAUUAGCAGCUGCAGCAAAAGCGGUAGCUGUGAAAGCAAAAAUGGAUCCAAUGAUUCCUCUUCAAUGUGAAUUAUCGUUGGGAGAGACUGCCAAGACCAAGGUAGCCAAGUCGAGACGCCUGAAUAAGUCCAGCGAGCGACCGAAACUACAGGUGACUGAGGUAUUAAAUGGCACAGUGCAUUGUGUAUUGGAAAACCGCCUGAAUACCAUUACCUUCAAGUUCGAUAUCAUCGAUAUGAAUCCGGAAGAGAUUGCUAACAAUUUGACAUCACAGAAGUUGUUGUUGGAAAACCAGUAUUCGUAUUUCAUGGAAUUAAUUCGAGAUGUUGUGAUGCAGUUAAAAACGAAUCCUCAUUUACUUCCGCAGCCGAUACAGCCACGGCGAAAUAUAGAUAAGGUUCGUCAUGCUUCACUUACACGUCAGCGACCCACAAUAAAGAUGCACUACCGACAUCGAUCUCGUGACGAGACAUCUACAUCAUCACUUACUCAAAUGUUUGACCCUCAAAUUAUUAGCCAUGAACCAUUAGCUGCUUCGUUCUACGUACGUGACGAAGCCCAAUGUGCAACAGGAAGUGAUGAAAGUGUGGGUAGUGGCGAAAUUGAGAUACGUCGAGACAAUGAGAACACGUCGCGAAAGACAAGCACAGCUAGUGAAUGCACACUUUCAUCAAAUGAAUACACUCCGGAAAACACAGUUGUUAGUGGAAUGGAUGAUGACUGUAAAUUGGCUCCCUUAGUCAGAAAGAUAAGCAGAUUUACAGUGACACCAUCAGAAAUUCCUCAGGAUGAGGCAGACGAUGCUACGCCACAAUUAAAAACAGUUGGUCCAGAGCAUAUCAAUACACUAGAGCAAUUAAAAAUUGAACUGGAAAAUAUUACGCAUGCUCAUGUGCCAGCGAUUGUUAAACACAAAGAUAUGAACAUGGGAGCAGCUUCAGGACAAGCAACCCCAAACAUGACCAGUGGUAAAGAGGAAUCGUAUACAGAAGAAAUGUGUCAAUCACCCGUAUCAGAUGUUAUCCAAUUUCCGUGUGAAAUAUCGACGCAGCGUAUUAUAACACCUCGUAGCGACAGUCCGGCUCAUGAAGAUUUACUUGUACACCCGAUUAUUACGUCUGUUGAUGAAUCUCAAGUAGAGGCAACUGAAAAUAUUAGCUCACCAGAACAAAAGUGUACAGCCAAUGGACUAAUUCGGCAAUUAGAAUCAGAACAGCCUAAAAUGCAACGAUUCAUGUCUGUGGAGAGUGUCUCAUCUGAAGAAAAAGGAACCUUAGGGCCAGUUAGGAAGGUGUCAAGAUUCCAGGUGUUCGCAGUAAAAGAGGCGAAAUUUAUAGAGACGGAACCUGAUGUUCGUCAGCCAUGCAAUCACACUGUAUCUAAUGGCUGUUCGAUUCCCGUUGUAAAUCUUAGCCAGGUGGCUCCCAUCGAGGAUCAAACACCUUUUUAUGGUGAUACGGAACUGAAGAGGAAUCUCGAUGAAGUCAAAGUUAGUUUGUCUAAGCGGCAUCUGGAAACCAAAUCACGUCAUCAACUCCAGCUUCUACUAUCUAGGCAACACCUCGAAGAAGAAGAACUUCGUUUGCGUCACUUCGUGGAGCUCGAGAAAUUUGAAAAGAGCAUUGCCGCCCAGUUAGAGUCAGAAGCAGUGCCGAGUGGUCCAGUUCCUUUUUGUAACGUCCCGUGAUAGAUUUUUGUUUAUCUGCGUUGUACCGUAAAAACUAAAGCAAGAUUGUAGAUAUUAUUUUAGCAAGGGAGAUAUAUUGAGUUUUAGGAGAAUAGUUGAAGAAUGUAAUAAAAUUGUCCAAUGUCAUAACGUACACAGAAGGCAUUACAUUUACUGUUGUAUGUAUAUAUUUAUCUAUUCGCGAUAUUGUUUCCGGAUUUCAUGUAUCUUAAGAGUUUAAAAAUUAUGCUAUCCUGCACAUUUCGAAUUAGCCCAGUUUAAACCCCAUGCUAAACCAUGCAUGGGAGCCAUCUAUCACAGAUCUUCGCUGAAUCUGCUUUGUUCAAUAUGAGUGCUGUAGGGGUAUGUUCGUAACUCGACUGGCCCACCUCUACAUGCGGUAAAAGAAAUAAACUACUAUACGAAGAGA